UAUUUGUUCAUAUAUUCGUAAAUAUUUUUAGAAUUUUUAUGACUUAAAUUAAUUUGUUUGAAGAAAAAAGCUCUAAAGAAAAUCUUCGAACUGUCGUUGGUGUGAGCAGUGACUCCCAGUCAGCAGGCGUUAGGAAAAAAGAAAACCUUCGAUUCAGAAAGUUUGGAAUUGGAAUGGCGAUCUCCACCUCUAGACUUGGAAGAAGGCGUUGGAUUGGGCAAAGAACAUGGCGCAAUCGAUUCCCUUUCAGAUUCUCUUCCCGCCGUCUCUUUCGUCUAACUAUCCUUUGCCUCGCUAUCAUCGCAAUUCUCCCUCCCAUUUACUUCCAUUUCAAGCUCAAGCGUUUUCAGCAGAUUCAACAAAGGAACUGCAAAUGGCUGACUCAUCCUCCUCUUGUCUGUGCUCAUGGCGGCGACUCGUCCAAGGCCUUCCCCAACACUAUGGAUGCUUAUUCAAUAGCUCUUCGUUCUCAAGCCAACUGCAUUGAAGUUGAUGUUUCUCGUUCUUCAGAUGGAGUUUUAUUUGCACUUCAUGACAGGGACUUGCAGAGGAUAACUGGGUCCAAUUCUUCUAAAGUUGGAAAUUAUAGCAUGAAAGAGAUAAAAAAUCUUGGUGCUGUUUAUCAACACACUCAUAAAUUGCUGGAUUUCAACAUUCCUACAAUUGAAGAAGCUUUGGUGUCAAUAUCAAAAUCAGUUCAGCAGGUGAUUCUAGACGCAAAGGUUGGACCGCCGUCAUAUGAAAAUGGGCUUGCAAAAGAUAUCAUUUCUGUUCCUUGUUCUAUCCACGCAUUACGAAAGAAAGCAAAAACGAAGAAAAGAAAAAGAAGUGAUCAAGUUGAAAAGACACAAUGUAAGAAUUGUCUCGUUUGGGCUAAGAGCGAUAGCUUAGCAAGGGACAUAAUCAGAUCAUCAUCGGAUAUUAAGUUGCAGGUGGGGUAUAUUGUAAUGAAGGACCCGUCUACAGGGGAAAGAACCAACUUGCUGAGAAUGAAAGGAGCCAAGGUGGUUGGUGUCUAUCAUCAAUUGAUUGAUGGUGAUCUUAUGCGAAUACUGCACAGGAGAGAUAGAAAGGCGUAUGCAUGGACAGUUGAUGAUAUUGAAUCGAUGAAAAGAAUGUUAGUCGAGGGAGUAGAUGCUGUCGUUACAAGCAACCCGACAUUACUUGGAAGUGUAAUGCAAGAGAGCAGAACUACAUGCCUUGAGAAUGGUUUUUCAAUUUCAUCAUGAUAUCGAUACCCAUUUAUAGAAGAACUUAAUUACACUUUACCUUCCAACUUGUUCCUCAUAUCUUCUGUGGUUUCUUCUAACAAAUUGCUCUUUCUUCGAUUCAUUCAUUACAUACUCUCUAUCAGUCUUUUGUUUUCCAUUUGUUUCCUACUGAAGUUUUAGUUCGUGACA